UACACUCCACAGAUAUAGAGAGAGAAACAAAAGUGUUUUGUGUCUGUGUGAGACAGAAGAGAGAGAAAGUGUUUCUGUGUGAUUGUGUGUGUGUUGUGCUGUCAUUUUGUUCCAAAAGUAUCAUUCAAUUUCAACUAGAUUCAGAUUGUUUCCAACUCAUAAGAGCAAAAAAUAAAACAUGGUAUAGACAAACAAAGUUUGAUUCCUUUUCGCUUAUACUUUUUCAGAUAUACAGAUUUUACUUUUUUCCAACAUACAAAUCCAUGGCUGUUACAGUUACUCUGGAACCCUCUUGAGGUAUGUUUUCAGCCAUGCAGAUAGGGUGAGAUUUUGAUGGAAAUUUGAUCUUCAAAUAAAGUACUCAGCCUUGAGAAUUCUGAAGAUUGUGGAAGCUUCUUCAUGCAUUGAUUAUGGUGACAUAAACUGGUGCAUCAACAAAGCUUCUCUUCAAAUCUUUGCUAUGGAUAAAAAUUUCAAAAUUUCGUAUUUGUUUGAUAACUAAGUAGUAUUAUCAAAGGGAUUCGGAAAUUGAAUUUACAUGAUGUUUAGUGUUUUCUCAGUACUGUGGCGUUGCAGUAAUUUCCCGCAUUCAAUAUUACGAACGAUGGUUUGAUUACACGAUCAAGAAUGCAGAAACAUCCAUAUAAUUCCAUGGAGCCUCGAAAGGAGGAAUUCCAUUCUGCACCGCAACCGGGUUUGCAGGACCAUCUGGACGGCAUGCAUGCCAAUACAAGGCCUUCUCCUUCCUUUAACGUGUCGGAAAAUAAACCUGUACAUAAUUUCUCCAUACAGACUGGCGAGGAGUUUGCUCUCGAGUUCAUGAGGGACAGGGUGAAUGUGAAUCUCAAGAAGCCUUCGUUUCCGAAUGUUGUCGGAGAUCCUAAUUACUCGACAGGGUAUAUGGAAUUUAAAGGCCUUUUAGGCAAUAAAGGAUCUGAGAGUGGUUCCGAUGUUUCUAUGCUUGCAAGUAUUGAAAAAGGUCCGAAAGAGUUUGACAGAAGGAGUUCUGCUUUACAUCAAGAAAGAAGUAAUUAUGGCUCAGCACGAACAAUUCCUAGAACAUCGUCUACUAAUCAAGAUAACAACCGAGUCCUGCACGGUAUUUCUUCUUCUGGAUCUUCUGACAGCUUAUCAAGGAUGAAGAUUCUAUGCAGUUUUGGUGGUAGAAUAUUACCGCGGCCGAGUGAUGGAAAGCUUAGAUAUGUCGGGGGUGAAACACGGAUCAUUAGAAUUAGAAAGGACAUAAAUUGGCCGGAGCUUAUGCAGAAAAUAUCAUCAAUCUAUAAUGAGACUCGAGUAAUAAAGUAUCAGCUCCCCGGAGAAGAUCUCGAUGCUCUAGUUUCAGUAACGUCUGACGAGGAUCUACGGAAUAUGAUGGAGGAAUGUCAUGAUCUACAAAGAAGGAGAGGAUCGUUAAAGCUUCGGAUGUUCCUGUUCUCGUUAAAUGAUUUGGAUGAUACUCAGUUUGGUCUCGGUAGCAUGGAUGGUGGUGAUUCCGAAGUCCAGUAUGUAGUUGCUAUUAAUGGCAUGAAUGUGGAAUCAAGAAGCAACUUUAUACUCCGUUGUGCCGGAAGUUCAUUUGAAAAUAAACAAGCAUAA